AUGUCAAGCCGUUAUGACGAUUAUGACAGGCAUAUAUGCCUCAUCCCAAUCCCAAGCUUGUCUCGUUUAAAACGAGACGUUGGGAUUUAUAUUUCAGGAGGAAUGUUUGCAUUAGGGUGGUGGUUUUUCAUUGAUUCUGUAGUGUACUCUAGUCACCUGAGACGAAAUGGCGAUGAUGAUUCGGUUCCUUUUGUAAGUUUUGAAGAUUGGUUGUGUGGAAUUUUUAGUACGUUAGGAAUGAUAAUCGUUAACUUAAUUGAUAAAUCUCGCCUAACGUCCGAAUACAUGGGAUCAGGAACUGCAACGAGAGGAGCUCGUCUCUGCUUGUUUGUAGGAUUCGCUGCAAUGGCUGGUGGGCUCGCCGGAUCUUGUGUAAGUAUUUCUAUCAUUACCUAA